CGGGCCGCGCAAGCGCUGUGGGACGCAGAACCGCACUGAGGUCGUGAGUGUUCGCGGAGGUUCAGUGUAGACCUCCGUCCGCAUCUCUGAAGGGAGGACCGGAGGGCUGGCUGCGGGACCCGGACCUGGGGUGUCGGCAACACUGCGUAGCCCCGUAGAUGGCGGCUGAGGCCGAGUGCCGUCCCCUGGGAAUGUUCAAGUGCCAGAUCUGUGCCCUGACGGCGCCCUACAGCUACGUGGGACAGAAGCCUCCCAACACCCAGUCUGUCCUGCUCCUAGAAGAGAGCUAUGUCAUGAAGGAUCCCUUCUCGCCGGACAGGGGCAGGUUCCUGGUCAUCGGUGCGCGGUGCAGUAUAUGCAGCAGGCUGGUGUGCGUGGGUCCGGAAUGCAGUCUGUUCUACUCCAAGCGGUUCUGUCUGCCCUGCGUCCAGGAGAACCUCAGCACCUUCCCGCCGGAAAUCCAGCAGGACCUGGAGAAGAGGAAAGCCCCUUCCUCCAAACGGCCCACAACCCAGGUCUGUCCCGGGAAGUGAUCGCGGCCUGUGCAGAGCCCAUGCACGAUGCCAGUCUUGUCCCUAGGAGCAGAUCUGUAGCUGAGCAAGCUGGGCACCCCCAAGACAGGCGGCGUGCCAAGCACAGCACUGCAGCCUUGGCGCUUCCUGGGUGAACAGUGGGCUGAGGUCACCUUGGGUGCAUGCACAGCAGACGCAGGAAGAGGGAAAGGGCCAGGUGUUCUGCCUGGCAGGAAAUCGAUGCCAGCGCUCCCCGUGGCGAGGGGGGAGCCCCCUGCCAUCUUGGACUCAGCCUUCAAUGCCAGCAACAUCCAGCCCCCCAGUCAGCCGAUGUCCCCAUGGCCCCAAACCCACACAGUGGUAUCUUGGGGUCUUUGGAGAGCUCUGUGUCUGCUUAGCAUUUGCAGAGGCAGGGGCUCCUCUGUUCCACUUCAUAACCACUACAAGGCCUCUGUUGUGUUUGAUGGAAGAUGAAUAAAGAUCUUUUUCUUGCUGGUUCGUGCACUGACUUUUAUUUUUAAACGCCUGUUUUUUCCCCUACCUUUUUUUCUCAUUGUGCAUAACCAGCAAUUCUCACAACGUCACAGAAUGC